CCUCCCCCUGUGCAGCUCCGCCCCCCGUGCAGUUGUCAAUCACAGGCGCGUUUGAAGUGAAAAGCUUCUCAGUGGAAGUUGCUGUGAGUGAGAAUUGGGGCGAGUGUGAGUCACAAGUGGCCUCUGUGUGUCUCUCUCUCUCUCGCCACUUAUUGGGGGGCUGCUGCUGCCUCACGACUCGGACUUGGGGGGCUGACACUUCUUCGCUCAUUUUUGCCUUUUUCUUCUUCUUCUUCAAUUCGGAGACUGAGGAGCCGGAGGAGGAGGAGGCGGGGGCCCCUAACUGGACUCUCGGCAACAAGCAGCCCCCCCUGUCCCCUCCCCCCCAGCAGCACAAACAAGGGGGACCCCCCCCACAUCUGCACGAGCGGCCGGGGCGGAAGGGAAAGUUGAUUCAGUCGCGGAUCUCGGGCCGGGAGUUGCUGCAGGGAGUUGUUGCCGGGAGUUGCUGCCGGGAGUCGCGGGGGGGCAGAGAUGCCGCAGUUGAAUGGCGGUGGGGGGGACGAUCUGGGGGCGAAUGACGAGAUGAUUUCGUUUAAGGACGAGGGGGAACAAGACGAGAAGAUCUGUCCGAUCAGUUCGGCCGAGCGGGACCUGGCGGACGUCAAGUCUUCUCUGGUCAAUGAGUCCGAGACCCCCCACAGCUCGUCCGACUCCGAGGCGGAGCGGCGACCCCCUCCCAGGUCGGAGAGUUUCCGGGACAAGAGUCGGGACAGCCUGGAGGACGCUGCUAAAAGACCUGACGGAGGGUUAUUUAAGGGCCCGACAUAUGGGGGUUACCCCUUCAUCAUGAUCCCCGACCUGACCAGCCCCUACCUGCCCAACGGAUCCCUCUCUCCCACUGCGCGACAGUGCGUGAAUGUACCACUAGAUCUGCAUUUAGCCUCUUGUUGCAGCCCUUUCAUGCAGUAUCUGCAGAUGAAAUGGCCCCUUCUGGAUGUUCAGGCAGGGAGUUUACAGAGUAGACAAGGAAUCAAGGACACCAGGUCUCCAUCCCCGGCUCACAUUGUUUCUAACAAGGUGCCCGUUGUACAGCACCCUCACCAUGUCCACCCCCUCACGCCGCUCAUUACCUACAGCAACGAGCACUUUACACCAGGGAACCCCCCACCGCACUUACAGGCAGACCUGGACCCAAAAACAGGAAUCCCAAGGCCUCCACACCCUCCAGACAUUUCCCCGUAUUACCCUCUAUCCCCGGGCACCAUGGGACAGAUCCCCCAUCCGCUAGGAUGGUUAGUACCACAGCAAGGUCAGCCCGUUUACCCAAUCACAACGGGGGGCUUCAGGCACCCCUACCCCACAGCCCUUACCGUCAAUGCUUCCAUGUCAAGCUUCCUUUCCUCUAGAUUCCCUCCCCACAUGGUGCCGCCUCAUCACAGUUUGCACACAACGGGAAUCCCGCACCCCGCCAUAGUCGCCCCUACUGUCAAACAGGAGUCUUCCCACAGUGACAUGGGAUCCCUCCACAGCUCGAAACAUCAGGAUUCCAAAAAAGAAGAAGAAAAGAAAAAGCCGCACAUAAAGAAACCCCUAAACGCGUUCAUGCUGUACAUGAAGGAGAUGAGGGCAAAAGUUGUCGCCGAGUGCACGUUAAAAGAAAGCGCGGCCAUCAAUCAGAUCCUUGGUCGGAGGUGGCACGCCUUAUCCAGGGAAGAGCAAGCGAAAUACUAUGAGCUGGCGAGGAAGGAGAGGCAACUCCACAUGCAGCUUUACCCCGGAUGGUCGGCACGGGAUAACUAUGUAGGUGCCUAUGGCAAGAAGAAGAAGAGGAAAAGGGAAAAGCAGCAAGGAGAGGCCAAUGAACACAGCGAAUGUUACCUAAAUCCUUGCCUUUCUCUUCCUCCGAUCACAGACCUGAGCGCUCCUAAGAAAUGUCGAGCGCGCUUUGGCCUUGAUCAGCAGAAUAACUGGUGCGGUCCCUGCAGAAGGAAAAAGAAGUGCAUUCGCUACAUACAAGGUGAAGGCAGCUGCGUUAGCCCGCCCUCUUCAGAUGGAAGCUUAUUAGACUCUCCUCCUUCUUCUCCCGCCAUGCCGGACUCCCCCAUAUCAGACUCCAAACCACAAACUGAACAAACUCAACCUCUUUCUUUAACCUUGAAACCCGACCCCCCGACACGGAUCUGCGGGACCCAUUCACCUCUGGCCGAGAGCCCCGUGCGAAGGCCCAAUACACUGGCAACCGCCAUUUGCCAUAACGGAGCAGAACUCAGUCACCCGCACAAUUCUCUGCCCUCGUCUCUGCACUCGUCUCUGCACUCGUCUCUGCCCUACAGUUUGUCUCUUACACAACCGUCCACCUCGUUCCUUCCUUCCCAUCGCUCCUUGGUUGCAACUCAACUUCAGCCCCUGUCCCUGGUCACCAAACCCUUAGAGUAGAACCCAGUACCCACAAUUCCCUUCUUUUAUUUCCUACAGUUUUCUCCUUUCCAUCAAUUUCAAUUUUUGUGUUUUAGUUGUGCCAAACGGCUCCUCUUUUGGGUUGUGUUUGUUUUUUUAGUUGGUGUUUUAUGAAGUUCAUUGGUCAAUAUUUGACCCGUUCCUUCACCUCUCCGAUGUGAGUCGCAGACCUCAACGAAACCUCACAAUUCUGCCAAAAUUUCAAAAUGUCAUCCGCUGUCACAUUCAAAAAGUCUUUGCAGCAUCGGGAGAAGGGGGAAAAUUAUAUAAAUAUAUAUGAAAAUUACAAAAAAAAAAAUACCUAACUGUUAUGUAGUUCUGAUAGGAAACUCUGAGAAAAAGACUGAGUUAAAGAGGAAGAAAAAAAAGUAAAAAACAAGCAAUUUUGAAGCCGCCCUCGCAGAAGGAGUUGGUUCUUUAUUAUUUGUAUUAAAUACGAGCUUGUGAACCAAUCAUUUUACAUCCGGUUUUUAACCUCUCGGUGCACAACGAAUGCAGUGCCACUUACUCUCUCUCGUGAAACAACUUUUAUUGUGAUGUUACUUGUUCUUGUUGAAAUGUACAGAAAAAACAAAAAUUGGUAAAAACUGAACAAAAUAUGUGAAUAUGCCUUGUUCCAUGGUGGGGAUCAUUUUUGGGGGUGGGGGGCUUGGUAAUUACAUGGACAAAAUGUGGGGGAGUUUGGGUUUUGAAUAUAUCAGAGCCAUGGACCUGUAGUAUUUAUUGUUUAGAAAACGCGCUUGUGUCCUGUUUGUCGUCUCUUUUCAAAGAAAAAUCAGUUUUUCCCCCCAUUUCUUGAAGCAUUGUACAAAGUUUUUUUUUUCUUAAGUGUCAGCAUCUUAUAUAUAUAGAUAUAAAUAUAUAUAUCAUUUGUACAAGGUUUUUAAGUUUAUAUAUAAAUUUAUAUUUUGUUUUUGUUUUCGCUGUAUGAAAAAUUUCCACCAAAUGGACAUUUGUAGUUACAUUUAAAGGAUCAAUGUUGUACAAAGAAACGCAAUUGCUUUAAAAAAAAAAAGCCAUUACACAAAAGACUUGAAAUUGUAACAAGGGAAAUCGACUGUUUGUAAAGAAAAAAAAAAACGGGAAAAAACGACUUUGAACAGAACCGGGAUUCUUAAUACAAAUUCACGUGCCAAAAUUUCCAGCGACAAAAACUCCCCCUCGCCUCUUCUUUUCCUUCCAUUUUAGAUGUGAUGUUACAUAGAUAGGUAUGUCCGUAGUUUUAUUGUCAGCGAUAACAGGUGUAUUUGCUAGGGAGACCGACAGGGAAAAAAAAAAGUGAAACGUUAGGUACAAAAAAAAGUGGGAAAAUGAAAAUCCCGCGUGGGACAAAUUCCUGUUGAAUUAUUUAUAAAGGAAACUACUGCCAUUUUAUGUACAUUUGCUACGUGCCGGUAGCAGACUUUAAAAAAGCAAAAAAAAAAAAAGGCAUGUUGAUGUUGCUCCGAAAAUAUACGAAAAGGAAGAAAAACGAAAAAUUUUUUACUUUUUCAUCCGUUUCAUCCAGUGAAAUUGUACUUGACCUGAAGCAAUUGUAAAAAUCUGUCUCUGACGUUUUCUGAAGAUGCUAAUUAUGAUGACAAUUUUAUUUUGUGAAUACUUUGAAUGUUCCCUAACCGCUGUGAUGUUGCCAUUCGGUUUUAUUGCUCUUAUUCCAAUUUUUUUAAUUUCAAAAAAUGUUUUUUGUUUUUUUUUCAAACCUGACAAUUUUUUUUUUUUUUUUGUAAUGAGUCAUGUUCAUCCUGUACAGUAUCUGUAGCAUGCAGUUCUGGAUUAAUAAAAGCAACAUAGUAUGUG